AAAAAACAACUAAAUUUAAAGGCUCAAUGUGAUAAGAUGGAUCUAUAAAAGCAAAUACUUGCGGUGCAUUUGCAUGCAUCAAGUUCAGUACGAUGGCAACCGCACGCAAAACAAAACUCGGAAUCGCUUUGAUUCAAUUCGACACCAAGCCAGGCCUCAAGGAGACCCUGCAACACUUGUCCGAAAUGGUGGAGCAAGCCGUUUCGAAGUAUUGUCCACGAGUGAUUUCGGUUCAAGAGGGCUUCAACUACUUUUAUCAAUCCGACAAAGGUGUUUUCGAGAAUGCUGGCGAGCCGAUCAACGGUCCAACUGCUCAGCACAUGUCUGGAUUGGCCAAGAGAUUCAACAUCUAUCUUAUUGGAGGAAUAGCCGAGACCGACAAUGGAAAACUUUACAACACGGCUCUUGUGUUCAACCCGAAUGGAGAACUGAUCGCCCGUCAUCGCAAGGUCAACUUAUGUGACAUCGAUUUCGCCAAUGGAACCAAACUCGACGAAGUCAACGUUUUCACUCCGGGCGAUGAAGUCACUAUAUUCAAGAUCGAUGACAUCCAAUGCGGUCUGGUCAUCUGCUGGGACGCCUGCUAUGAUGAAUUUAUCAAAAUUUACCGCAAGCUGGGAGUCGAAGUUCUGUUCGUUCCAGCCGCUUACGAUAUUCUUGGUGGAGAUAAGUAUUCGCUCCACAACUACUGGGAAAUCGUCCAUAAGGCUCGGGCGUUCGACAAUCAAAUGUUUGUCGCCGCCAUCUCGGGAGCUCGAAAUGAGAAGGUCAAAGAUUAUGUGCUGUACGGUCAUACAAUGCUCAUUGAUCCACAAGGAAAAAUCCUCAAACAAGCGGGUGUCAAUGAAGAGAUUGUCUUCCAAGAAAUCGAUGUUGCGGUCUUGGUGAAACUAUACAAGGAGUUUCCAACAUUCCGGUUGAGACGCAAAGAUAUCUACGAGAAAUACAGCGGUAUCUACACCUGUUAGCAAUCAACCUGCAGAGAAUGACACCAAUAGUUUCCUUUGAAUAUUGUCACAUAUUUUGUUCGAAUUUUUUUCUGUUUUGUAAUCCCAUGAAGUAGAUCAUUCAAAUAAAGCGAAAGCAAGAUCAAAAUAA